UCUCUGAUUUAGUUUGUAGCCUGUGUUUUGGCCACAAGUGAAAAAAAAUGGCUAAAUUUUCAUUUCUUUGUCCUGUUUUGCUUUUAUGCACCGCUUCGUUUUCAAGUGCUCUGAAUUAUCGUGCAGUAAUUGGCAUUCUGUCCAGGGACAUGGUGGAGAAGCCAAUGCCAAAUAAAACGAGUGUAAUUGAAGCUGGUUACGUUAAAUCACUAGAGGCAAGUGGAGCCAGAAUUGUUCCUAUUUUGAUAAAUCAGUCAAAAGAUUAUUACCAGAAUAUCCUCACUAAAAUAAAUGGGGUUCUAUUUCCUGGAGGUCCUGACGGAGACUUAAAGUACGACGGAUACGUUAAAGCAGGAAAGAUUGUAUUCGAUAUGAUAACUCAAAUGAAUGAUAAAAAUGAUUAUUUUCCUUUGUUUGGAGUCGGACUUGGAUUUGAAUUGCUAAGCUUUUUAGUAGCUAAGAGAUCCUGGCUGUCGACCUGCUCUGCAACGAAUUUACCAGCAACAUUAAAUUUCUCCGAAGGUCUUGACAAAAGCAGAAUGCUCGGUAAUUUAGAUAGUGCGUUGAAAAAAGUGAUGGAAGAAAAGCCAGUAACCUUCAAUUACCAUGACAUGUGUUUAGUGCCAAAGAACUACACCAGGUCUAAACUAGACAAAUAUUUCAAAGUACUUGCAUUGAGCAGAGAUUCGAGAAACGAAACUUUCAUAUCUGUUGUAGAAGGUAAAAAAUAUCCAUUUUAUGGUAUAAUGUUCCAUCCAGAGAAGGUGCAGUUCAACUUUGUGGUAGCGGAUCCCAUUAACAGUGUACCACACUCUUUAGAAGCCAUUCAAGUUGCUCAAUAUUUUUCCAACUUUUUUGUUGAUGAAGCAAGAAAAAAUACUCACCAGUUUCCUGAUCUUGCUGUGGAAGAUUCGAUGCUAAUCUACAAUUACAAUCCAGUGUUCACGGGAAAGUACGGAUCCGGCUACAUUGAUGAACAAAUUUACUUCUUUUAAUUGAGUUAUCUGCUUUAGGUCUGAAGGAAAACGGCUUGAUGAGUAUUUAACUAAAAAACGAAGUGUUACAGCAGAGUCCCGAAAACUCGGUCGAACGUGAACCGAAGAGUGGCCAAGUUUGAAAAUGCCAGGUUAUCGGGAGUGCGCCCACCACGUUUUUCGCACAGCGUUAUUUUCGUCCUGCUAGCGUGAAGCCAAGUUUUCUGGAUUUGGCAGGCUUAUAGUGCGCCGACUUUUUGGGACUCUACUAUACCAGAAAUACCGGAUGUAAGUGGAAGUUCACUCACAGUGCUCAAUGAUACUUACCAAAUAAAUUGUUUUUGAA